UGCUAUGGCGGCGGGUCGGCAGCGGCGGCGCUGAUCUGGGCGGGAAACGGCGUUGGGGCCCUUCCCGGUGCUGUUGGCGUCGCGCCCCGUCAUGGAGGACGAGCUCUACCUCGAGAACAUCGACGAGUUCGUCACCGACCAGAACCGCAUCGUAACGUACAAAUGGCUAAGCUAUACUCUGGGGGUUCAUGUCAACCAGGCUAAACAGUAGGAUGUUGUAUGAUUACGUAGAAAGGAAACGAAAGGAGAAUUCGGGAGCUCAGCUUCAUGUCACCUAUUUGGUUGCAGGAAAUCUCAUUCAGAAUGGACAUAUUUGCCACAAGGUUGCAGUAGUGAGAGAGGAUAAACUGGAAGCAAUGAAGUCUAAACUAGCCACAAUUGCGAGUGUGCAUGUCUACAGCAUUCAGAAAGCCUUGCUCAAGGAUAGUGGGCCUCUUUACAACACGGAUUAUGAUAUUGUCAAAACAAACCUGCACAACUGCAGCAAGUUUAGCGCCAUUCAUUGUGCCGCUGCAGUGCCCAGGACGUCAGCCGACGCUUCUCCAACGCAGACGUCUGCACAGGCUGGUUCCCAGACUCCGAGUGACACGAAUGCUGUCAGUGUGCCUGUGGUCAACGGUCACGGUCCGUCGACUGCUAAACAGACCUUGCAGCAGCCCAAAGGGAUCAUGGGAAUGUUUGCAGCAAAAUCGGCUUCCAAACCCCAGGACCCAAAUAAAGAACCUAAAGCAGAGGCUAAGGAGACCCCAGGUGUGUCUACAGCAAGCAGCAAACCACCAGGAAAGGUCAACAUAAUGAACAAUUUCUUUGGAAAAGCUGCCACGAAUAAACUCAAAGUCAAUCCUGUGCCUGAGCAGCCAAAGGAAGAAAAAGAAGUAGUCAAGCCUUCUGUUCCUGUAGCAGAACCAGAAUCAACCCCCAGUACCAUAGCAGAGAAACCUGGGAGGAAAACAGAGUCUACUAAAAUUCAACAAAAGGACAAAAAAAGUAAAAUGAAGAGGAUGAGCAAGUCAGAUAAUGAGGAGGAAAGAGAGCCUGAAAACCUCAAGAAAAAGAGGAAGAGAAUCAAACAACUUCAGUCUGACAGUAGUGAUGACGAAGAUGUCCCACCAUUUUCCACACCUGAGGAAGUGAAAGCUCCAUCUCCACCUCCCCUACCUGCACUGAAGACUGAAUUGGAGCCUGCAUCCACUGAGGUUUCAGCUGGAGGGAGGAAGAGGAAACGGAAGCGUGUGCUGAAAUCCAAAAUGUUUGUUGAUGAAGAAGAAGGCUGCAUGGUGACUGAGAAGGUUUACGAGAGUGAAUCCUGUACAGAUAGCGAGGAUGACUUUGCGAAGUCCAAGCCACCAGCUGCACACAGACAGCCUGCACCCCCUGUGAAGAAAGAACCGAAGGAAGAGAGGAAGAACCUGAAGAAGGGGGCAGCCACUGCCAACAAAGCCAAUAAGCAGGUCUCCAUCAUGGGUUUCUUUCAGAAGAAAUGAACUGGGUCUUUCUCUUGAUCCCCUUGGCAGCUUGGAGAAAUUACUCUGUGUAGCUUUCUGAAAAUUGCUGCAUUGGAGGAGAACAAUAUGCAAUCUUCUGUUACAUAAGAUAUUUCGCUUACUAUGUAAGUAAGCCCUUUGGACUAGAUUUUGUAUGGGAGAGGUUUUAUCUGUUAAUGCAAUAAUUUGUCUUCUAUACUAAACUGUACAGAAACCUCCAGCUAGAAGCAAAACCUGGAGAAACUCUUGGAAGACUGUUAAUCUAGUCACAUGAAAUUUUAUUUUUUUAAUACGGUCUUUUACCUAUUAAGUGUUGAAGGCCCAUUCAAUGAGUGGUAGAUGGACUAAAUUAGGACUCAAGUUGUGGCAUCUUUUUUGUUGUUUAUUUUGUUGCUUUUUCCUUCUUUUACACCCCCAGCUCACCAGAUUGUUCUAAAUGUUCACACUGGUUAGAGGCUGUAAUUUAACAGGUCUUCAGGCACACACACAAAUAUCAAACAUCUGCUUCAGCUUUAACUGAAUGAAACAAACUUGAUUUUCCCCGUAAGACUGGUAAAUACUUUUUGCUGUGCCUUUCAUAAUCUUUUUUUGGACAGAGCAGUGCAUAUAAAAUUUUCUUACUCUUUUCUUCCUUGAAUACAUCCUCUGUAAAAUACUCAGAUGCCUAAUUAUAGACUGGGACACUGUUGGUGCUGUCUUUGCGAAAACAUCAUUAAGGCUUCCCGCACAAUUGGCUCCAGUGUAAUUGGGGGAAGGCCUUUGCUGUUAUUGAGAAAGCAAUUGUAUCCUUAACCUUGAAAGUUAAUGAGUCAAAGGGAAGGGUGUUCAGAGGACUUCUCUGAUAACACCAGUCACGUACCUGCUGUUGUGGGCGGUGAGGAGUUGCGCUGCUGCUGCUGUUUGUUGUUGGUUUUGGCUUGCAUGAAGUUUUUGCAGGCAUAAACCAGACAACAGAGUUGUUUUCUAGGACAUCUAGUCAUCUGCCUGUUGAAGGAAGUGUGUCACAGCGAAUGAGGAGGAAUGAAUUAUUAAAGAUGAAUAAAGCAGUGCAGUCCAGUAAAUCAGAAGUGACUUGUCAUCUCAGAUGCCUCUGUUUUCUGGUGCUAAAUUUGAUUCAUAUGAGGCCUGGAUUUCCAGAGGAUGGAUGCUUGGAGUUUCUGAAGUUUGGCCUGUGAAGGUCUCUCAGAUGGGCAAAUCAUGUCAUCAGUGGUUGCUUCUGAGUAUUGUUAGGCCAACAUAUAUAAAUUGUUAUUGAUCUGGAAAGUGUUUGUGGUUGUUGCAAAGGCAGAUAAAACCUGGAGAGUGUGAAGCAAGGAGGAGAUGCCUUCAGGAGCCCACCUGAAAGUAUCCUGAGGUGGGCAAUAAAAGAGCCAGCAAACUGGUUAUACCUAUGCAGUCAUUUUGACCAGGAGAUCAAGUUUGUGACUCACAAAUUUGAACACACCCCUACUAGUUAUCAGAAGUUGUUUCAAUUAAAUUUAAGUCAUAUUAAGUCACAAUACCUUGCAUUCAUAGCAGAGGUGAGAGUACCUACUUAAAGCAUCAGUGUCCCUGCCUUUCCGCUUGUGCUUGUGUCCUAGCCAGAUGGGUACAGCCACUGGCUGAAUGGGCCAGUACAGUUACUGGUGCAGUAUUCAGCGACAGGCUCAUCAAUGAGCACACCCUGUGUUAAGAACUUAAACCUCGGACUUUCCCUCUUGGAGGAGGUCAUUGAAAAAAUAACAGGAGAACAAGAGAGGUAAGGCAAAGAAUUGGCGCCAUAUCCACUGCCAUCCAGAACCAAGUGCCUGACGCAGCAAGCUGAAAAGGCUUUUAAUGUUCUUCUCAGGGCCUGCCUUAGUGAUGUGGGGAGCAGGGAUCCAUUGGGGAAGAGUGAAAAAUCUUCAUUUAACUUCUCCAAAGAACAUUGUGUCUGUCCCAGGAAAAUAGCACAUUGGUGUUCCUGUUUUUCUUUAAAGUUGGGAAUUUAAUUUGAAAAGUAAUGUUGUUUAACAAAACCGAUUAAAUAGA